AUGAGUAUUCUGUCGGAGAUUCUGAGCACAGGACAUGUGGACCCCGAACUACUUGAAGCUCUUGACGAUGAGCAGAAGCAGCUACUGUUCUGUCAGAUGAGAGCUGAGCAGGUGAGGAAAUGGGAGCUGUCUGAGGCGGAGUUUGAGCGAAAUGGAGCGCCGCCGAGGCAGCCGAAACGGAAACAAUUGAGAUGGCUGACGGGCGCUGACGGCGAUGUCUGGGUUUGGGUGAUGGGUGACCAUGAGAAGGACAAAACCAUUGAAGAGAUAUUGGAAGAGGAAAGUCGAGAGACGGCUCACGCAUUGGCUUUGAACGAUCUGAAAGUAGCGAGUAGCGAUUCGGAUGAGGAUGCGCUGAUGGCGCAACUCGGAAAAAUGCAAGUCGGCGGAACAACACCGAAUGGAAUAUUGAGCCAACGAAAUGCGCACGAAUCGAAUUUUGAUAGCGAUUCGGAGAGCCCGUACCUGUUGUUCCAGCCGAAUCGGCAACGCGAGGCGUCGCCGAAUGGCGUCACCAGCACAACGGUGUCGAGCUUCUCGACACCGCAACCGCAAAAGCCGCAAUUUAUUCGCGGCGAGCGGCCGCCGUUGAUGCCGAAGCCGCAGGGCUACUUUGCGACGUUCACGUCGCCGCCGAUCGACGCCGCGUCGAUGGAAGCGACCACCAGCGCGCCGGUGUCGACGCCGAUAUUGACGUCGAGCAGCUCACCGACGCCCAACGCGAAUCAUUAUGAAGGAUUGAUUAUCAACGGCGUGAAAUUGCGGCCGGUUCGAAAUGGUGGCGAGAAGCGUGAGGAUGAGGUUCAGAAGCGCGAAUCGGAGAUCUUCCAAAGCCUUUUGGAGCAUCGCGAGAAGCUUCAGAGAGAAGCGGAAGCCGAGGAGGAGCGUAGGAAAGCGGAAUGGGAAGAAUUGCAACGAAAAUCGAGAGAAGCGGAUGCUGCAAUGCGCGAAUUGGCGCAGAAGGCGCGCGAGAAGCAUCAGCAACUGAUUCGGACCAGCACCAGCAUUCUUCCGGCGCUUCGCGAUAAGAAUGCGAGCAGUUUGCGAGAAGCGAUCAAAAAUUUGCCGCGGCCGCCGAAGCCGCGUUCGCGAGCAGCGAUCGUUGAAUGGUUCAAACGCGACGAGCUGCCGAGAGGCACCGGUCUCGAUCCGAAAACGCGCGCGCCGGCCCCAUGGUUCCACGGCAUCAUUUCGCGCGAGGACGCCGAGGUGCUGCUCAGAAAUAAGCCGACGGGCUCGUUUCUGGUGAGGGUCUCCGAGAGAAUCUGGGGGUACACUGUCUCAUAUGCCUCGAAAGACGGAACAUUCAAGCAUUUUCUUGUUGAGAAGAUCCCUGAAGGAUAUCAGUUCCUUGGGACCAAUCAGGUCGUUCAUGAUCAGCUAUUCGAUUUGGUCGCUUAUCAUGAGACGGCUCCCAUAACCGCAAAAGGCGGCGAGGUGCUGAAAUGGUCGGUCGGGCAAACGUGCCGCCCGCCGGAUUAUUCGGAUCUCAUUCAGGAUCCGACACCGCCGCCGAACUACUAUGGAACGUACACCAAUAGUAAUGGAAGUGUGGUGCGAACGAUUCCCACCACGAUUCUGAGGAGCGCCGUUGGAAGAUUCUAG